CAGUAUAUAUAUAUAUAGGCAACGUGUACAGUUCGCUUGUCUUGGAACAUAUGCAUGUAUGUGCUCGACCAAACUAAACCCCCCAAAUUAAAAUGUCUUGUCCGAUCAAUGUCGAGGAAGCACAGGGAAGUCGAGCCAUCAGCGUGGCCGACUCUGCUCCGGGCGACACGACCCUGGAGAUCAGUGCGACGGGGAAGCGCGGCAUCCCGGUGUUGGUGGCGCCGGCGCCGCUGCACAGCCAGAGAGACUGUGAUGGCCGAGCCCGCCGCGGUGGCGCCACUGCAGAGGAGAUGAUGGGCAGCAUGGGGUUCCAGGGCUUCCUCCUCCUGGAGGCGAGGGACGACGACGACCCGGUGGCGCAGCGCAAGAAGUGGUUCAGGGAGAUGCGCGGGUGGCUGAUGGUGCUGGCCACCGUCGCGGCGUCGGUGACCUACCAGGCCGGCCUGAACCCGCCCGGCGGGUUCUGGCAGGACGACAACGAGCACCACCACGCCGGCAACCCGGUGCUCCGGGACAAGCACUGGUCGCGGUACAUGAUCUUCUACUACUUGAACGCCACGGCGUUCGUGACGUCGCUCGUGAUCAUGGUGCUGCUGAUGAGCGAGCGGUUCUACCACACGGAGGCCAAGGUGGUGGCGCUCAUGCUCACCACCUGCAUCGACCUCAUCAGCCUCAUCGGCGCCUACAUCGCCGGCACCACCCGCUUCUUCUCCUCCUGCAUCUACAUCAUCGUCAUCGCCUGCGUUGCCUUUGCCGGGGUCAUCUACAUCGGAGAGGUGAUGGCUGAAAUAUGCAAGUUCUUCAUGAGAAAUAUGCCUUGCAUGCUCCAGCUGGUGCAGAGCAGGUGGUUCCCGGUGCCGGCUGAGGUGGUGAGGAGUCUGCAGCAGCAGCCCGAGGAGCGCAUUAGCCAGACGAGAACGACGGCGAGGAACAAUCAGCGCGGUGGCUGCUGCGCCUGCUGUGCGCCGCGUGCGGAGGGCUGAAGAACGUGAGAGGGCACCACGGUGGCUUUCUGCUUCUGGAGGGGCAGUGAACAGGGAUUUGAUUGAGCGCAAUGUAGCAUACUAGUAGGAACUACAGUUACAAAGAGGCUUUCAAUAAGCCCCGCCUUCCAGUACUUUUAGUGCACAUUAUUUUCCCGCAACUAAUUGUAGUACACACCUGUUGAUAAUUAAUAAAGGCUGCCUAUA